AAUUUGGGUACUUUAAAAAAUCUAAAAAAAAAAAUUCCGCCUAAUAACGUAGGUGAGUGGAUGGCUCAUCUUUGAGGAAGAGCCGAAGGCGGUUAAUAGAGACGUUUAAUAGCUAUCACGAAAGUCAUUGACAGACUCUCAUUUCUCCUAAUCAUUCGCGCCUUCUCCACCCUCUCUUUCUCUCUGUUUGUCUACUCCUCUUCAAACGGCACUCUCACUUCCUCUCCAUUUUUAGUUGUCCUGUUCAGACCAUCUAAUUAUAGCCACCUUCUUCAAGAGGCACCCCCUAAAAACAUCCCUCCAAAAAAGGGAAAGAAAAUGUAAAACAAAAGAAAUGUUCAAUUCCUUAUUCCAUCUGGGAGGGGCUGUUUUUUCCGUGGCUCAAUUCUGAAACUUCUUCUUCAUACACUACUUCUCCUCCGAUUUGCUGCUGCUGCUGCAUUUUCUUGCCUUUGCAAAACUAACUUUCCCAUCACCCUUUUCUUUCUUUUUCCUUCUUGAGUUAUGUUGUGCUGUCCGAAAAUGCACCACUGUCUUGUAGGUUUCUUGAUUGUCUCUCUUGGGAUCCUGGCCACAUUUGUCCAUUCCAAAACUAAUUCCCAUGAUGUUUCUGCUCUUAAUGUGAUGUUUACCAGCUUAAAUUCUCCUUCACAACUGAGCGGCUGGAAAUCAAGUGGUGGAGAUCCUUGUGGCGAUUCUUGGGAAGGAAUUACAUGCUCAGGCUCUGCUGUGACUGAAAUAAAGCUAUCUGACCUUGGACUUACUGGAUCAAUGGGCUACCAGUUGUCAAACUUGAAAUCUGUCACCUACUUUACAGUGAUAUGAGCAAGAACAAUCUCAACAAUGAUAUACCAUAUCAGCUUCCUCCUAAUGUAGCUCACUUAGAUUUUUCUAAUAAUGGCUUCAGUGGCAAUGUGCCUUACUCAAUUUCACAGAUGACUGAACUCGAAUACCUAAAUCUUGGCCAUAAUCAGCUCAAGGGACAGUUGAGUGACAUGUUUCAAAAACUUCCAAAACUUAAAACAUUGGAUUUAUCCUACAACUCUCUUUCAGGCAAUCUGCCGCACAGUUUUGCGUCACUUUCAAAACUCAACACUUUGCAUUUGCAAAACAAUCAAUUCACUGGUUCAAUAAAUGUUCUUGCGGGCCUUCCUCUUAAUAAAUUGAAUGUUGAAAAUAACAAGUUCAAGGGCUGGGUCCCUGAUGAGCUGGAAAAUAUUGACAGCAUAGAAACUGGAGGGAAUUCUUGGUCUUCAGGGCCAGCUCCUCCUCCUCCACCUGGUGCAAAACCUAUUUCUGCAAAACUUAAGGACCAUGAGAUUGGUGGAAAUGGGAAGAAUGGCAUGAGUGGGCUAGCUCUAGCUCUAAUAAUUCUGGCUUCAUUGGUGGUAGUUGCACUUCUGAUUACUCUACUAUCAACAAGAAAAUCUUCUCCGUCUUCACAUUUUCUUGAUGAAGAGAGGGCUAGCCAGCAUAGAGUGUUUACGCCCCUUGCAUCACAGGAAUUAUCCAAUGAUUUACAUAAUGCCAAGCACAAGGAAUUCAGAGAAUCUGAGUCAUUUGAUUCAAUUGAUACAAAGACCCUGCAAAAAUCUCCAUCCAUUGGUUACAAGCCUCCACAUUCUGAUUUUGCACAAUCUUUAAAUGACAAUGAGUUUGCGAGCCGUCUGAAUGCCAGCAGAAGCACCUCCAUUCAUGCCGUACCUUAUUCUUUGGCAGACUUGCAGACAGCUACUGGUAAUUUUGCAGCAGGUCGUCUUAUUGGUGAGGGAUCCCUUGGUCGUGUUUAUAGGGCCAAAUAUCCUGAUGGGAAGGUUUUAGCUGUCAAAAAGAUUGAUUCAUCACUUUUUCAAACAGGGCGGCCAGAACAAUUUUCGGAAAUUAUUUCAAGCAUCUCAAGAGUUCACCAUCCUAACAUUGCUGAACUUGUCGGUUAUUGUUCAGAAAAAGGGCACAACAUGUUAAUAUACGAGUAUCUUAGGAAUGGCUCACUUCACGAGUUCCUGCACAUGUCAGAUGACUUCAGCAAACCACUAACUUGGAACACUAGAGUCAGAAUUGCUCUGGGAACGGCCCGGGCUGUUGAGUACCUCCAUGAAGUUUGUUCUCCAUCCUUCAUCCACAAGAAUAUAAAGUCAUCUAAUAUUUUGCUUGACCUUGAACUUAAUCCUCGUCUUUCAGACUAUGGGUUAGCAAAUUUUCAUCAUCGCACAAGCCAAAAUCUUGGUGUAGGAUAUAAUGCUCCAGAGUGCACAAAGCCUUCGGCCUAUACAAUGAAGAGUGACAUUUACAGUUUUGGGGUGGUGAUGCUGGAGUUAUUGACUGGCCGAAUGCCUGUUGACCUCUCAAAACCAAAAUCAGAACAAUGCCUUGCCCGUUGGGCUACUCCACAACUGCAUGACAUUGAAGCGUUGGAAAGAAUGGUGGACCCUGCCUUGCGUGGACUAUACCCUCCCAAGUCGCUCUCCCGUUUUGCUGAUAUCAUUGCCCUCUGUGUACAGUCGGAGCCAGAAUUCCGGCCGCCUAUGUCAGAGGUGGUGCAAGCAUUGGUGCGUUUAGUUCAGCGCUCAAGUAUGAACAUGAGAGAUGAUCUUGCAGCCUCUCGUCGGACAGAGGACUCUGACUACUAGUGCUAGUGCUUGGAAUGAAAAAAAAAAAAAAAAAAAGUGAUUAUUCUUUUUGAAUUACAAGAGUAGGAUUUGGUUGGUUUAGAAAUUAUAGAUUUUAUUGUUUGUUCAUUAGAAGUGGCCAUGGAGAUACGGAAAAGAGUGCCUUGGACCAUUUGCAACUUCAUGAAAUUGCAGCCUCUGGAUAUGCUUCCAAGCACAUGUUGAAAAACAAAAAAUUUGGCAGAAAUCUUUGAAGCAGCAAACCUUGGUAUGGUAUCUGGUUUGAGGUUUCUCAUGAGUGCAAUGGGAUUGGGAUUGGGAUUGGGUUUGUCGUGGAAAAGUCAUCAAGUUAAAUUCAAUUUAUGUUGACAAAAUUUUACUCAGCUAACAAUUGCAAUUGGGGACUCGAGAAAUUUUGAUAGUUUUUUUUUUUUUUGGGACAUCAUAUUUAAUAUAUGAAUUUUGUUUUUUGUA